CGAUCGAACGUAGAUCCAAGUUAAUUCCCCGUAAGAUCACUUUUGUUGCUGUAUUUUUCUGAAAGACAUGACAAUUUUGUUAUUUUGGCUAAAAUUGACUUGAAAAAGGAAGGCUGUCGAGUCAACGCUUUUUGUUUUGUUUUAGCUUUAAAGUAUAUAUUGCUGAUGUUUUAAGAGUCCAUGUCCUCCGAAGGCAGUGCUGCGGAUUGAUAUUCAAUUGGAACCGACAAUGUGGAGGCUGUUGAAAUGUCUACUUGGAAAAUGAAAUGGUAACACUUUAUUUAACCGAAAGAGGAUAGAGUUGUAGGACAGUUGUUAUUCUCGCGGGAGAGGUGUUUUCAUCUCCGUGACGGCCAAAAGAGAUUGCAAGUGACGGAGUCAAAUAAAUAAAUAAUCGGGCGACGCGACAAAGUAGUGGUUGUCUUUGCUUCUCUUCAUCAACCCCUCCGUCCGGACCACGGGAGACGGAUCCUAUUCCUAACUUUGUUUCUUUAUUCUUCCUCCUUGUACCGCCGUUCAUUUCUCUCUGCUGGAUGCCACAUCACUAAUUCCAGUUGCUGAGACUGAAAGGGCCGAGUGAACAGCAGCAGACAAUGGCUGCAGUGGAAACAGACAAGGAGCUCAGCGAUUUGCUGGAUUUUACAGCGAUGUUUGAGCUUCCAGUUCCAAAUGGUAGAAGUGGGCCAACUACCCUGGGUCAGUUUGGAGGUUCUGGCAUAGAUGAGAGGAGUGGGUCUAGUCCAUGGGGACCAGGAGAAGAAAAUAGUCCAUCCUUCACCCAGGGAAGAGGUUAUGGAGAAGACGGCCUUUACAGCGAGCGGGAGGGCCUGGCCUCUGCCCCUGUGUUUGGAUCAGGGCUUGUGGGAAAGGCUGAUCGGGGGCCGUACCCAUCAUUUGGAGCUCAGCCGGGUUUUGUACUCGGUGAGAUGCCCAUUCCCAGUCCCGACAGCAUCACCUCAUCUGCUGUUAAGUCCAGCUCACAGUUUUAUUCAUCCUUUGAUGGCAGUAACCAUCGCAAGAGAUCCUCACAGGACUCAAUAGAAUCACAUCCAAAAAAGAUCAGAAAGGUGCCGCCUGGCCUGCCCUCUUCUGUCUAUGCGACAGCCACAGGAGAGGAUUUUAGUCGUGAAAGUGGUCCUUAUCCAGCUUCCAAAGCAGGAAAUGGCUAUACAGCACCUUUUUACAUGCAAGAAGGCCAUCACACACCUUCUGAUCCUUGGGGUUCGGCUGGGUCCAUGGUUCAGCCUCAUUAUUCUGGUGUGCUGGGCAGCUCCCCCCAUAAGAGUCAGCAUGGUCCGUUUCCUGCCAUCAACCCCCAAGACAGACUGAAGCGCCAGCCCCUGCCCCUCUCUCCACAAAAUUUCCCUCUGCAUGGCAGCGAAGUAAAUGGUGCUCCUGCUGUCUUCCACUCUGGCUCCAGCAGCUUUGGGGUCCCUAGUCAAACACCCCCCAUCGCUGGAACUGAAACCAUAUUGGCUAAUCGAGGUGCAAUACCUGCAAGUUCUGGUGAUGAAAUUGGAAAGGCUCUGGCAUCUAUCUAUCCUUCCGACCACAACAGCAAUGCCUUCCCCCAGUCUCCGUCUACUCCGUCUGGCUCCCCUCAGGCUGUAUCAGGUUCUGCAUCCCAAUGGACUCGGUCCUCUUGCCAGGCCACACCUUCGCCUAACUUUGAAGGUGGAAUUCAAUCUAUGCCAAGUAAAAUGGAGGACCGCCUGGAAGAAGCCAUCAAUGUUCUUCAGCGACAUGCCAGCGGACAGGGAGGGCCAGGAAUCGCUGAAAUGCACAAUCUGUUGUCGACAGGGUUGGGAUUGCCACCGGGUUUCAGCAGUGCAGCACUUGGACUGUCCAGUCGUCUUCAAGGACUGGCAUCUAGUCACCACGAAGACUCUGUUGGUCUGCCCUCUAGUGGAGGGUUGAUGCUUCACAGCCCAGCAUCUGUUCGCACUGAGGGUUUUACAGGCCUUUCUGGUAGUGUAACUCGCUCUGGUGGGGCUUCUAUUAAGCGAGAAGAGAAGGAAGACGAUGAGAACUGUUCCAUUACAGACAAGUCAGAGGACGAGAAAAAAGAUAUGAAGACCCGUCUUCGAACAAGCCUUGUCACAGUGACUGAUGAGAACCUGACCGCUGAGGAGAAGGAGCAGAGGGAGCGUGAGCGCCGCCUAGCUAACAACGCUAGGGAGAGGGUGCGCGUUCGUGACAUAAACGAGGCCUUCAGGGAGCUGGGCAGGAUGUGUCAGGUCCACCUGCAGAGCGACAAGGCCCAGACCAAGCUUGUGAUCCUGCAGCAGGCUGUCCAGGUUAUUCUGAGCCUGGAGAAGCAGGUGCGAGAGCGCAAUUUGAAUCCUAAAGCUGCUUGUCUGAAGAGGAGAGAGGAGGAGAAAGUUUCAGGUGUUGACCCUCAGAUGCAGCUCACCGGCGGCCACUCGGCUCUAGGAGGGGAUGGAAACAAUUCUGUGAGCCAUAUGUAAUCCUCAGUUCCUGUUGAUUGUACAGCCUUCAUAUCAUGUGGCCUUAUCUGUCAUUUUCAUGCAUCUCAGUGUGGGUAAAUCAAGCACACAUGCACACACUGACUCAGCAGGCGGCCACAUUCCAGGACUGGAAUUCAAGCACAAGAAACUUACACACACAACAAAAGGUGUAUAAAGAAGAAAAGUUCCAAUUAUGACAACUGAGGACUUUGUUGAACACCAGGAUGCUCUUAAAAUGACAUUUUUGUAGUAAAGUUGCUUUAUUCCUGGGAGCAAGUUUAGCCUGGAUCAAAUAGUUUUUGGAUCAACUUCUCAUGUGAGCAGAGUUCGAUUUAUAUGGACGAAUAAUUAUCGGCAUUCCCUACAGAAAAAGAGGUCUUACAUUUUUGGUAUACAGAGGGAGGAUUUAUAUCUUGUGAUUGAAAAAAGCUUGGUCAUUGUGCUUUAAAAAGGCUACACACUUAGUAUGUGAUUUGAAAAAAAAAAGAACUUUUUGUAAGACUGAUUCAAAAACUGACUGGUGUUUUGGAUUUGCUGGUAUUUUUCUUGGAUUUCUUUCAGUGGCCGAUCGUGUGCAACAGUCAAAUGUGUUACUGGGACUAUUUAUUGCUUGUUUCAUUUGGCUGCGGAUCCCAGUCUCCACUUUUAAAAGUCUUUUGUUUCUGUCACUUCCAUGCAAGUGAAAUAGAAAAACCGGCGGAGAGAGUCGCCACCACCGAGGGAAACCCAGGACUCGGCAUAAAUACUGGAUCCAAAGUGAGGCUGAAUAAGUUGGCCCAGUCCUCCCUCACAGAGGCUGUUGUUGGACUUUCUUCACUAUUGUGAAGUUCCUUUUGCUCCGACCCACAUAGAGCCAGCAUCGGCCUCUUGCCCCACGUCCUUCAUUUCCUCUGAUCCAAGAAGAACUCGUGUUGGAGACAAAUAAGUAUUGAAAAGGGAUCACAAGUGUUACCGUUACCUUUGGGAGAAUUCUCACUUUUGCCUGGUUGCUCUCUGUUGACUUCUUGUCCCUCUACCCUAUUGAACAAUGUGGAACCUGUUAUAAGGAUCUUCCUUUUUUUGGAUAAUUUAUAUAUAUACAGUUUUUUUAUUUUAUUUUUUACUUUUGUAACAUAGUUGUAAGAGGUUUUCUUGUGUCAUUUGUCUUAUAUUUUUCUUUGUUACAUUGUUUUAAUGUAAGAGGACUCAAAAUUAGCUUCCAGGAACAAACUGGUGUUUUCUUUGGUGCCAGAGGCUUUGAAACAUUAAAAUUGAUGACCUUAUUUUUAUGUUUAUUAUCAUCACAUGUUGUGAUAUUGUGUUUUUUUUUUCUAAACACAAAACAUGUUAGAGCAGUUGCAAUUGGAUUGUUUUUUUUGCACACUGCCUAACAUCCAGCUGGCUGAUGAGCCGUAUAAGUUUAAGGUAGAGGCGGACAAAGUGGCCACCACACUUUUAACUUUCAGUAAAUGAUGAACUCCCCGUUGACUCUGAAAGGAUGGCCUUGGUCAUUUUCCUCCCUUUGGAACUUGAUGAUUUCUUUCUAGUGCCUGAUAUGUGUUUGCAACAUGUUAGAGAACGUUGUAUUCAUUUUUUUGAAAAAAAGAAAAGUACCUUCUCGUAUUACAGAUGUGGAUAAAUAAGUUUACUUCAGUGGCAUCUGUUGAAUGAAGAAAUAUGCUCCAGUGUAUGCGUGCCAUUUGUUCACUGAAUAAUAAUGUGGUCUACAACUUUGACACUUAUUGUAAUAAAAGUUUAUUUCCCAUUUUUAUGAUUUUUUUUUAAGAAUGUGAUUAUGAUUUUUUAUUUCUGGAUUGACCUGUGUGCUGAAAUACAUGUCACAGUGUAGUCGUUUUAUAUUACAAGCUUAUUUGUAACAAUAUUUGUUAGUUGAUCCCAAUUCUGACUUAAGGACAGCCCUCUGAUCUAGUUUUCUUUAUCGGCUACCUAAACCCAGCUACUAAAGACUUUUUUUUCAUAAAUCAUAAAUCUACAUCAAUAUAGCCUCUAAGAUAACACCUGUGUUUUUGGUUUAUUUGUUUGUUGGUUGGUUGUUUUUUAUUGCUUUGUUUGGUUAAAUGUUAAUUGUGUUGUCCUCUGUGAAAGAUGACCUGCAAGAGUUAUGUCUUCUCUCAUGUUUGAGGACAAAAUCUAUCUAUGGUUUGUCUUCAAAGUGCCUCAAGUUUGCUAUUUUUAUAUAUAUAUAUAAAUAAAAUAGAUAUCAAGAACUGUUGUGUACAUAACAGUGUAGUAGCAAUAAAUGUUCCAGUUUUAAUAAAAA